CUCUACAAAACUGGAUCUAAGCAAUCUCUUGAUUUUGCAUGGUUCGACUGCAGGACCAAAUUUCCUGAGACCCCCAGGACUAGGCCUUUUUUCAGUUGCAGCGCUUCAUCAGUAGGUGAGCACAUAGGUUUUCGAUGCUUCUGAAUCUCGUGGCAAUGCUUGUUUGAUCAACCGAGUCUUUUUUCUCUUCGGUAGUGGUGGUAUUAUAUCACUAAGUAGCGGUAUUCUCUUGAAAAAACCUUUUUUCACAUAAAUUAGCUGUUUUUGUAGUCAGAACUUCAACUUGAAGAUGAAGAAGACAGCCAUCGACUUCGACGAACAUCUUCAGCGUCUUCAUCUUCUUCUCAAUCUACCACCGUUAUUCCUACCCCAUUGUCUCCACAUCCUACCUCAUUUGACGCCACAACGUUGUUGCACUUUGGAUGGGGAAAUCAGGAACUUCGGCGUGGAGAUUCGUUAAAAUUUUGUUUAAUGUGGGAUAUUCUCGUUGGGCUAACAAUAAAUGAAAAUGUAGCCGAAUUGAAUCUUGUUCAUACUCAGAUAAAAAAAUUUUCGGUCGACCCGAACGUUGACGUUUACGAGGAGACAAUGAGAUUCUUGACCGAUCCUUCGGAUAAUAUUUGUCAAAACGUGUUAAAAUGGAUAGGAGGUCGAGUAAUCUCAUUACGUAUUACAUUGAUCGAUGUUAUUGGGGGUUGGUCACUCGUUUCAUCCUCUCUAAACUAUCAUCAAACAACAUUACUUCGACGUCUUCAUCUAAUUGAUAUUGAACCGCAUGAAUUUGAUAAAUUAUUACGUAAUCGUUUAGUAAAACAAUUACAUACUUUACUGAUCGAUGUGACAAAUUCUAGUCCAUUUAACUAUCAGGGGUGGCACUUUCCCGUUAUCGUUACUGUAACGGGUAAUAGAAACCUGUUACCAGUAACGGUAACGGAAAUCCGUUACCUCUUACCCGUAACGGAUUCGAAAAGAUCUUCUCAAAUGUCGAUUAAUCCAGUAGAUUUGUUUCCGCACACUGAUGAAUUGAUCCUCAGUGAUACGCACAACAAUACUCUAGCAGAUCUCUGUAAUUGUAAAAGUUCAAUAUCAUCAUGGUCAUUGUUAACAAAAAUUUUGAUCGAUGAAUGUAAUGUUGUUACUGGAGAUAAAUUAGAAGCCAUAUUACAAAUGGCUUAUAAUGUGCAUACACUACAUAUUGAUAGUUUCAAUGGGAUUUUAUCCCGCGCGAUAUUCGGUGCUCAUGAAAAUCUCAGAACUCAUGUCAGUGGACAAAGAAAACGAUCAAAUAUUUUAGUUGAUAUAUCACAUCGUGAAGAACAACGUUGUUUAAAUAUGGAACAAUAUGAAAGACAAUGA